CGGCUGAGCUGGUUGCCAAGGCGACGCCUGGGGAAAUGGCUGCGGCGUCUUCAUCGGAUUCUGACAGUGGGCGAGCUGAGAGCAACGAAGCCAAUUCUAAAUGGCUGGACGCACACUACGACCCCAUGGCCAACAUCCACACCUUCUCCUCCUGCCUGUCACUGGCAGAUUUGCAUGGCGAUGGGGAGUACAAGCUGGUGGUGGGAGACCUUGGCCCAGGUGGGCAGCAGCCCCGCCUGAAAGUGCUCAAAGGACCCACAGUGCUGACAGAAAGCCCACUGCCUGCCCUGCCGGCCUCGGCUGCCACCUUCCUCAUGGACCAACAUGAGCCCAGGACACCUGCCCUGGCACUCGCCUCAGGGCCUUGUGUCUAUGUUUAUAAAAACCUUAGACCCUACUUCAAGUUCAGCCUGCCCCAGUUACCUCCAAACCCUUUGGAACAGGACCUUUGGAACCAAGCCAAAGAGGACCGGAUUGACCCCUUAACCCUGAAGGAGAUGCUGGAGGACAUCAGGGAAAAGGCAGAGGUGCCCUUGUCUGUGCAGUCACUCAGGUUUCUGCAGCUGGAGCUGAGUGAAAUGGAGGCGUUUGUGAACCAGCACAAGUCCAAGGUUAUCAAGCGCCAGACAGUCAUCACCACCAUGACCACCCUGAAGAAGAACCUGGCAGAUGAGGACGCAGCGUCCUGUCUGGUGCUCGGCACUGAGAGCAAGGAACUCCUAGUGCUGGACCCUGAGGCCUUCACCAUUUUGGCCAAGAUGAGCCUGCCCAGUGUCCCUGUCUUCCUGGAGGUUUCCGGCCAGUUUGAUGUGGAGUUCCGGUUGACUGCUGCCUGCCGAAAUGGGAACAUCUAUAUCCUGAGAAGAGACUCCAGACACCCCAAGUACUGCAUUGAGUUGAGUGCCCAGCCAGUGGGGCUGGUCCGGGUACACAAGAUCCUGGUGGUGGGCAGCACCCAAGAGAGUCUGCAUGGCUUCACCCACAAGGGUAAGAAGCUGUGGACAGUGCAGAUGCCUGCAGCCAUCCUGACCAUGAACCUCCUGGAGCAGCGAUCCCGAGGCCUGCAAGCUGUCAUGGCUGCUCUGGCCAACGGGGAAGUCCGAAUUUACCGAGACAAGGCCCUGCUGAAUGUCAUCCGUGCCCCGGAUGCAGUAACCAGCCUGUGCUUCGGCCGAUAUGGGCGAGAAGACCACACCCUCAUCAUGACUACUAGAGGUGGUGGCUUGAUCAUCAAAAUCCUGAAGCGCACAGCAGUAUUUGUGGAAGGGACGGGUGAGGUGGGCCCACCGCUAGCACAGACCACAAAACUCAGUGUGCCCCGAAAGACCCGACUGUAUGUGGAUCAGACCCUGCGGGAGCGGGAAGCUGGCACAGCCAUGCACCGGACCUUCCAGACUGACCUCUACCUGCUGCGCCUGCGAGCUGCCAGAGCCUAUGUCCAGGCCCUGGAGUCCAGCCUGAGCCCCAUGUCAACCACAGCUCGGGAGCCACUCAAGCUGCAUGCUGUGGUUCAAGGCCUGGGCCCCACCUUUAAGCUCACACUUCACCUGCAGAAUACCUCAACGGCUCGGCCAGUCCUGGGACUAGAGGUCUGCUUCCUGUACAAUGAGGCGCUCUAUGCCCUGCCUCGGGCCUUCUUUAAGGUUCCCUUGCUGGUACCAGGACUCAGUUACCCCCUGGAGACCUCUGUGGAGAGUCUCAGUAGCAAGGGCGUCUCGGACGUGAUCAAGGUGCUGGUGCUUCGGGAAGGCCAGAGUGCUCCCCUGCUGAGUGCCCACAUCAACAUGCCUGUGAGUGAGGGGCUGGCAGCUGCCUGAGCCCUGCGCCAGCAUUCAAGCCUCCACAAAAUGGAGCCUUUUGGAUCCAGUGACUUCCAGUGUCAUCAGACUACUUCCCCUGGCAGCAAUGUAGUGAGACAUCAGCCCCCUGUUCCUCUCUGGCAUAGUCCCUUGCUCUCCACCUCUGCCAGUGGGACUGAGCAACAAGACAUGGAGUGCUCAGAAUCAACUCCUCCUCCUCCUCCUCCCUCAGAACCCACCCAAGCACUGUCCCUCAGUUCCUGCUGCCUGCCACUCUCCCCGGGUCCCAGGAAGAAAUGUGAGGUGGUCAGGGCGAGCGUAGCCCCAGUUUGUCCUUCCUUCCUUCCUUCCUUCCUUCCUUCCUUCCUUCCUUCCUUCCUUCCUUCCUUCCUUUCACUCACCUAUUUCAGAUCAAGAGCACAGUUGAUCGAGGGCUUUGAGAUGCCAGGUGGUACUGACCCUAUGUUGCUCUUUGAAGUUGCAGGGGUAUGGGUGCUGCCAGCUUGGUUUACAGGCACAUGUGCUAAGCUUUCUCAGCUGAAGAGGGGCUCCACUUUCUACCCUGAAACCCAGGGGUCAUGGGGCUCUGUUCCCAGGUCCUAGACGAGCCACAGAGAUUGCCAGAGGAGCUGGUGCCACAAGUAGACUGGGUCUGUGUGAGCUAGAUCCACACAGCAGCUGCUCCCGAUGUGGGUGCCCAUGGCCAGAGGCACUGUUCUGAAAUGGAAUGCCGAGCUAGAUAGCAGAGCUAGGACUGGUGGCACUGGGAGAGGUGUGGACCUGGGACCUGGGAAGUGACCCAAGAGGCAGAUGCCGACAAAUGCCUGUCAGAAUGCACUUCGGUCCAGGAGCCCGAGAUGGUCCUGAGGGUGGGAUGUUUACUGUGCAGUGGCCAGAAUAUGCCUGAGCUCACUGAAAAGGUACACACCAGGGGUAUGGAAAGAAGCUGAAUACUAAAGGAAGAUGUGCUUAGAUCUCAAGUGUCAGGACUCCUGGCUCUCCUCAGAGACUGUUCUGAAUCACUUGAGAAGCAGGAGCCCUGCUCCAUGGAGAGCAACAUUUUCCCCAGUCUGAUCAGGUUCAUCCUGGUGUGUGGCACCCAGCUCAGGCUUGCAGGCUCCCACCUCCUCUCCAGUACAAGAGGCUUGCCUGGAUUAACUAAGCCGUUGUCAGCCCUGGCACCAUUAGAGCUUGGCAGCUCCUCAGGAGGAAGGGAAGCAUUGCUCCAAGAAGGUGAGACUUAACUGCACAGCUUUAUCCAUAAAACCAGUGUCUCUAAGCUGGCCACCACUGCCCAGUAACAGCCUCUGCCCACUCAGGGACCAGGGUGACCCUUCCAAAGGGUACUUCAGGGCCCAGGCUAAGAGACAGUGGGUCUGGACCGAAGAAACAUCCUCAUUCUCAUAUUACCCAUCCCCCUCAAGACAGGCAGGCACUACCUGAGCAGGGUUAGCAAAUGGUUCUUUGUUUAUCAGCCAGUGAGGCACAGCUGGACCACGCAGAAGGUCUGACUGGAGAUGGGACGAUGAGAGUGGGGAGGGAGUGUUGCUGUGAGUCAGAAACCCCAGCCUAGCCUGCAUACUAAACAGGAAGGUCUGCCCAAGGUAUCGAGCCCUUGUCACUGGUGCCAUGUGAGCGGGGCUGUGCUCUCAUGGGCCCAGGUUGUGUGUUGGAUCAUGACACCCCAGUCCCUUUCACCCAAGUCAUGCUGUGAAAUCAGAACAAAAAUAUUUGAUAUGUGCUCCCUUCAUAGCUAUCCAUGAUGAUGCAAGGGGUAAGUCAUGGCCAGGUCCUACCAUGAAACGCAGUGUCAUGCUCUCUUGCCUAGUAAGAAAUGUAUGCCAUGUACCUUAUGCACAUAAAAGAACAUGAAGCAUAAACAGUGAAGAGUAUCCAGUACUCAUGGGAGUGAGAACUCUAGGAAACUGUGAACCAUAAGGAUGAGAAGAGUCUAUUUUUUUUUAAACAUAGUAUUUUGAAACACACACCUAUGUAAUGAUCUGGAAUAGACUAUUUAAAGUGAAAUGCCCUCCUCCCAUUCCACAGGACCAUUCCUGUACAACAGCCAUUUUCAUUAACUAUUUUAUAUAUAUAUUUCCUAACUUGCUUCUGUGUAGACUCCCCUAUAAGAGAGUUCCUUUUCCUGUUAUCCCAGGGUUAGAUCCCCUGAUUCCUGGGUUCCAUGUCUUCUUUCUUAUUCUACCCUCAUUGGGUAAAACAUACCUAAGGGUAACGUCAUUAUACACUCCCUGUGAUGGUUAUUCCCAGCUGUCAGCUUGACUGUAUCUAGCCUGAACUACAAUCCAGAAUUGGAGCACCCCUGUGAUCCAGAGCUUGAGGCUGGAAGGCACAAGUUUUGAUCUGGACCAUGAGAAGCUCAGACCCAGGGAAGGCGAUUCUCGCCUUUAAUCCCAGGAGACAAGAGGCAAGCAGGUCUCUGUCUCAGAGGCCAGCCUGGGACAGAACAAAUUCCAAGUAAAGAACAAUUUAGGUCCAGGUGUGGUGGUACACACCUUUAAUCUCAGCCAUACUUCCUGCUGGAGGCCUACAUAAAUUAGG